AUGACUGCACAAGUGCCUAUGGUACGUACCGGUUUGAGUGGAGGUAACAAGACUAAUGCUGACGUUUGGGCUAUUGACGAGUAUAGUCAGUGCAUCUCUCAAGAGGACAAAGCGUCUGCAGGAGCUCAAGUAUUGAAGGAAGACGCUGGUGACGGACCUGGUAGUGUGGUAUCGCAGGUCGGGGGCCUCCGUGGGGGACCCCUCGUACCCCUAUGCGCUCAGGCUAAACCGAUGGAUCUUCGCCGAGAGAAAGAUGUGGAGAAAGACCACGAUCGGCUUGGGAUAGCUCUCGAAGUCCAGCACAAUCUCGCCAUCCUCGCCGCCAAAAUCGAGCCACAGUAGACGCACCCCGUCGUCCGCGGACACCUUCAUUUUAUCAAAGGAUCUUCUCCAUAGAGGAGUUGAAGAUGAGCUUGGACUGACCCCGUUACCUCCUACGCCUCUGGUUCCAGCUGCGUACAACGCGAAACCGUCUUCGUCGUUCGCGCCAAGCUGACAGGCUUUUCCUUGCCACGUGCACCGAACUGUAUAUUCACGUAACGAG